ACACAAUCACGUGAGCCGUCCGCAUCGUGACGUGCCAUCAGCUGACUGCGGUGAGCAGAUCCUCCGUCGACCUUCAGCUCGGUGCGUUUCUCCACGUUCUCUCCGUUAUCUGACCCAACAUGGCGAGUCAGUCUCAGGGCAUCCAGCAGCUGCUGCAGGCCGAGAAGAGAGCGGCCGAGAAGGUCGCCGAGGCCCGCAAACGUAAGAACCGGCGUCUGAAGCAGGCGAAGGAAGAAGCUCAGGCUGAGAUUGAACAAUAUCGUCUGCAGAGAGAAAAAGAGUUCAAGACCAAAGAGGCUGCUGCCCUCGGUUCCCAUGGCAACAGCGCAGUGGAGGUUGACCGUGACACCGUUGAGCGGAUGGGUCGUAUCCAGGCCAGUUACCGUGGUAACCGGGAGGCAGUGCUGGGCGAGCUGCUGCGACGUGUCUGCGACAUCCAGCCAGAGUUUCAUGCUAACUACCGUGUGGCCGGCUGAGGGGGCGGGGCCACAAGACCACAGGGGGCGGGGCAAACAGAGGAGACGUGGACGUUAGCAACAUUAGCUUCAUUAGCUUUGAUCAUGGCCAAAACUUUUCGUUUAGUUUUAGUGACUUAGACACAAAAGUAUGAAAUUCAUUUAAAAAAUAUAUAUAUUUUGAAGGUGCAAAGUUCAUUACUUCCUGUUUCCUGCUCCUAACGAAUAAGAGAACAUUAAUAAAUGUUGUUACUGUGUUGAUGUUUACGAAAUAUUUAUAUAUAUCAGAAUUAAUUUUUGCUUUUUUGUUGAAUCUUUCUUGAAUCUAACAAAAUAAAUGUCUGUGUCUCUGAAGAGGAAAUCAGCCAAUCAGCUGUCAGUAUUAUAGUAUAUUGGAUGAGCUGAUUGGUUGUUUUUCUCUGAACUCUCUCCUCCAAUCAGGAGUCAUCUCUGUUCUCUGAUUACCUGGAGGAAGUGGGAAGGCUUUUAUUGUGAUACUUUUCUGGUUGUUUCCUGUGUGUGACUUCCUGUUGUUGUGGUUGUUGUGAAGUGAUGAUGACAAACAUUAAACUGAAUGACGAUUGGAAACUGCGUGAUGCUGCUCUGUGAUUGGCUGCCAACAUGCUGGGACGUUUCAGUCAUGUUGCCAUGGUUACCCAAUGAUGCUGAAGUCCUUAGAGAGGCACUGAGAGUCUUAAAAAUCAAUCAACCAAAAUCAAUCAGACUUUAUUUGUAUAGCACUGAAUGUGUUUCACAGAUUAAAACAUCCUCUGUCGUCAUCAGUGAUACAUUGUACUUAUGUAACUGAUUUAAAUAAAACGUUUGAGUUGAAAACA